AUGAGUGUUCUAGAAGCACAAAAAGAAGCAUCAGCCCUUUUGAAAUGGAAAUCAAACCUAGACAGCCAAAGCCAAUUGGUUCUCGAAUCAUGGGACAGAGAAGUCGACCUUUGCAAACGCUGGACCGGGGUCACUUGCAGUAAUAAUAGUUUAUCAGAAAGUACUGUAACCAGCAUCAUAAUUACAAGUUCAAGCCUAAAAGGUAACCUAAGCUAUUUUGAUUUCGCAUCGUUUCAAAAUCUUCAAGUUUUAGUACUUUAUAACAAUUCACUCUUUGGGCCUAUUCCUUCUAAUCUAUCCGAUGCCUCCCAACUCAAACGUCUUGACUUGUCUUUGAAUCACUUCUCAGGGCCGAUUCCUUACGAAUUAGGAAUGUUGAGGCAUCUAGAAUUUCUAUUUUUACGGUCAAAUAGCCUUACUGGUGAUAUCCCCAAAAGUAUAGGCAACUUGACCAACUUAGCUCAUCUUUACCUCUUUGAAAACUAUCUUUCUGGAACAAUACCAAAAGAAAUUGGUAUGUUACAAUGUCUACAAUUUCUUUAUCUAGAAACAAACAGCCUUACUGGUGAAAUCCCAAAAAGUAUAGGCAACUUGACUAACUUAGUUCACCUUUACCUCUUUCAAAACAGUCUUUCUGGAACAAUACCAACAGAAAUUGGGAUGCUAUCAAGGAAAUUUGAAAACCUUGACCUUUCAUCAAACAAUCUCACCGGCGAGAUCCCAUCUUCGUUAGGAAAUUUAACUCGUAUGUAUUUUUUAUAUCUUUACGAUAACAAGCUUUCUGGGACAAUUCCUUCGGAACUUGUUGGUGCUUACGAUCUCGUGGAUCUACAAAUUUCUGACAAUAAUCUCGUUGGUGAAAUCCCGGAUUCCUUUAGAAACUUCACUAGGCUUCAUAGGGUCUACCUGUUCUCAAAUUAUCUAAGUGGUAAGUUUCCUAAAGAAAUUAACUUGAGUAACAUCAGAAGGCUUUCGAUUGAUAACAACAUGCUCUCUGGUCCUUUACCACGAGUUGGUGAGUUAACCGAGACAUUCUCAGCGAGUGAUAAUUUAUUCUCUGGUCCUAUAUCACCCGAAAUUGGUAAUGCAAGUGGUUUAAUUGAGUUAUCUCUCUCACGAAACCAACUCUCGGGUCCAAUCCCUAAUGCUAUUGGUAAUUUAACAUCUCUUCAAUUCCUCAACCUUGGUGACAACAUGUUUCAUGGAACUCUUCCAAACGUACCUAUUAACAUAGUUGCUUAUUCCAUCAAGAAUAAUACAAUGGAAGGAGAAAUUCACUCAUCAAUUUGCAGUUCAAUUUUUUUGGUUUUUUUUCACGUGUCGAAUAAUAUGAUCAGUGGUGUAGUUCCGGAUUGUUUCAAGAAUGAUAGUGAAUUGACUAGCUUAAAUCUUUAUGAAAAUCGAUUGCAAGGUCUAGUGCCACGAAGCCUACAGAACUGCAAAUCUCUACAAGUUCUGGAUCUUGGAAAAAACAUGAUAAGCGACGUGUUUCCCCAAUGGCUUGACACUCUUCCACAACUACAAGUUCUUGUUUUGAAAUCUGGUAGCCUACAUGGACCAAUUAACACUUCAAGAAGUCAGCUUCCGUUUCCAAAAUUACGAAUCCUUGAUAUCUCUGGAAACUUGUUUACUGGUCAUCUGCCAUCCAACUAUUUCGAGAAUUUUAAGGCCAUGAUGGAUAUUAAUGAAGUAGAAAGAGUUCCAAGGUACAUAGGUAGUGAAAUAUAUAAAGAGAGUGUUGAGCUUGUUGUUAAAGGACAAGAAAUGAAAAUUGACAGAAUUUUAACUGUGUUGACAGCAAUUGACCUUUCAAACAACGAAUUUAAAGGUGAGAUUCCAGAUAAUAUUCGAACUCUCAACUCUCUUCGUUACCUCAACCUGUCUCAUAACCAACUAUCCGGACAUAUUCCUAAAACGCUUAGAAACUUGACACUUCUUGAAUCCCUAGAUCUAUCGUCAAACCAAGUCAGGGGAAAAAUUCCUCCCGAGCUUACUAGGCUAACAUUUAUGGCGGUGUUCAACGUUUCAAACAAUCAACUCUCUGGUACUAUACCACAAGGGGGGCAAUUUAAUACAUAUGAAACAAAUUCGUAUCAAGGAAACCCCGCAUUAUGUGGAUACCCAUUGCCAAACAAAUGUCGAGAAAAUGAAGUAGCAACAAGUCUACCAUCGUCACCACUACAAGAAGAUGAUGAUUCGACGUUUUUCAAUGGAUUUACAUGGCAAUCUGUUGUGUUGGGGUAUGCAUGUGGGAUUGUACUUGGAAUAGGUUUUGGAUGUGUUAUGAUGAUCAAGGGAAAACCAAACUGGGUUUUGAGGUUAGUUAAUGAACGAAAGUUGAGGGAUGACUAA